AUGCUAGCUGACUUGCCAUCGGAGAUAAUAUACAAUAUCGCAACUUAUUUGCCAACAGUAAACUCUCUCACUCAUCUAUCGCAAACCUGUCACCGGCUGCACAAGAUCAUAACCGCGGAUGAUCGUGUGUACCGCCUCUUCAUCCGAAAUCGAUUCCCAACUCUCGGAGAUGUUCCGCCUUACUGGAAAGACGUCGUACAAGCUGUAACGUCGCGGUCUCGAGCCCUUGAUCGCUGCGCUAUCAUAGCACGUUUUGUCGUACCAUCGAAUGCUGCCAGGACGGUCGGCAUCCGCGACACAACGAGACAUGAUCGUCCGACGAUAGGAUACCGGCCCACAGUCGAUAGCUAUGAGGUAUGGAAGGGGGGGCGCUGGCAAGAUAGAGAAGAUGUGCUUGCUUGGGGAGCUGCAGCAGAAAUCCUGCUCAGGAUCAAAAGGACGGGAACAGGUGCCCAUGAGACAUGGCUGCGGUUCAACGAUCUGGAGCAUGUGAGUAGUCAUGACGAUAUCCGUGGCAUCCAUCUCUUAAGGCCGGAUCACCAAAGUAUAUCUGUUGGGAAACAACAUUUAAUUUAUGCGCGUGCAAGCGGCGACGUUUCUCAUAUUGCAAUUGAUCCUGACGAUGCAACCUACCACCAACAACAAACAUUCGUCACUAAUAAUUCUGAAAUCCAUAGCCUGGAUCUCAGCACGGGUCCAGAGCCAGUCCUUGCUGUACAUAGUUUCGAUGGAAAUAUUUCUUUGUACAAAACGACUACGAAAGAUACAACAGUCACCCCGUUCGCGCAACUAGAAGGCGAGACCGAAGAAGGAACACCUCGUCACUUUAUCAAAUUCUUAGCUCCAUCAAGACUAGCGGUUGGACAUGGGAAAGUAGCAGACACGAUUGUUGUGUCUGACUUGGCAGAAGAUCAUAUUUCAACCCACCGUGAACUCACCUUUGAGGACCCAUAUCACCGGACCUUAUGGCCUCGGAGAAAAGCACGCGUUGGCGCCAUUGCGCCCCUUGGUGUCGAUUCAUAUGGAGGAAGAGCCCAUGGAGAAGUGUUUCUUGCUGGUUGGGGGAAUAGUAGAGUGAGACUCCAUGAUCUUCGCUCGCCCAAGAUGUUCGAAAGGGAAUAUAUAGAUGUCAUGGACAGCAAUCCAAUCUAUUGCAUCCAACCCUUGCACGACCGCUUCCUCGUAGGCGCGGGAUCCGAAGCAGUCGUCAAUGUCUUUGAUCUUCGCAUGCACAAGGCUUAUCACCACUACGAAGCCAAAUCCGUAUCUUCGAUGUCACCCAAUCACGAGUCCUCACCUAAAGAAUUUUCGUUCUUCCUGUCUCAUCAUCCGCCGAAUGUUCUAAGACACCGUAAUUAUGGCACAUAUCGUGGUCCUGUGUAUACCAUGUCGUCACCUUCGCCGACUUCCUCAACAGUAUAUACAGGCGUUGUCGAUGGAGUGGUGCGUCUUGACUUUGGCUCGACAGAUGACUUUCUGGAUGAAAAUACUAGCAACUGGUAUCAGGACUAUCUUGAUAUGGAUGGAAAUGAUAUUUCCAAAGAUCUAUCAACGAAUCGUGCGCGGAAGAACCAUUCAACAGCCAGAGAAAAAAUCUUAGAGCUUUCGGGUUACGAGAGGCCAAGUCCUGAGAAUAGAUCCGCUAGUGCUAAAUUAAGAUCUCAGGUGCCGUUUUGGAGUUUGAGUGAGACAGACGAAAAAAAGGAAAAGGAAAGUGGGUGGGAUCGACGAUGGAGACGAUUAGAUGAGAAUCAAUCAUGGAGGUCGACGGGAAUAUAA